AUGGCUUCGGCCUUCAAUUGGGUGGUAGCUGCGGGCUUUACUUCAAGGCUUGUAGCUGCAUUCCAAAUCGCAGGGUCUGGGUCUAUGUCCAAUCUUGGCACUCCGGAGGCCGCUUUCCUACCGAAGUUCAUUGGAGCCCAAGUCAAUCAGACCUUGAAUCUGCCAUGGGGUGGAAUGAAUGUUACAAAUACAGACCCUUACUCAUCCCGCCCAGACACAGGUGUCACGCGUACAUAUGACUGGACGAUUACAAGACAAACUGGUUCACCUGAUGGCGUACCAAAUGAACUUCUUCUCAUCAAUGGUCAAUUCCCAGGACCUUUGGUGGAGGCCAACUGGGGCGAUUGGCUCGAAAUCACCGUUCACAACAACAUCGAUAAUGAAGGAACAGCUAUUCACUGGCACGGCACACUACAACAAGAAUCACCAUGGCAAGACGGUGUCCCUGGAAUAACUCAGUGUCCCAUUGCUCCUGGCUCUACGUAUACCUACAGGUUCAAGCCAGAUCUAUACGGAACUUCUUGGUACCAUUCACACUGGGAAUCACAGUAUGCCAGUGGCCUUACCGGGCCGAUGGUUGUGUAUGGACCUAAUCAUGUGGACUACGACCUUGACCUUGGCCCUGUCAUCGUCUCGGACUACUUCCAUGAGUACUACACCGAGAUCGAGGCCGGCUUUCUGGCCAAGAAUGUGGAGGUGACAUCCUCGGACAACAAUUUGAUCAACGGGAAGAACUCCUUCGGCGACAACGAUGCGCCGCUGGCCUCCUUCAAUUUCACCUCGGGCAAGUCUAUCCGACUUCGUCUCAUCAACCCAUCGGCCUUCGCGGUUGAGAAGAUAUCCAUUGAUGGCCACAGCAUGACAGUGAUCGCCAACGACUUCGUGCCCGUGCAGCCGUACGUGAUCGACACGGUCACGCUCGCCGCCGGGCAGCGCACCGAUGUCGUGGUGCAGGCAAACGGUAGCUCUACCGACUCAAUCUGGCUGCGUGCUUUCAAACCGCCCAACUGCUCGCCCAGCAAGCCGGACUCCAACCUGGCUCUGGCCGCCAUCUUCUACGAGAACGCCGACCGGACUCAGGCGCCCGCGUCCGUUGCCAACGCCGAUGCCUACAACGACUACUGCGGGAACGACCCGCUGUCCCAGACGGUGCCCUUCUUCCCGAUGACGCCCGGCGAUCCGGACGUGACGGAGAUUGUGCCGAUCGAGCUGCGUGACAACGGCACUGCCGAUCUCUGGUACAUGGCCGACCGCACGUUCCGCGUCGACUACAAUACCCCGCAGCUGCUGAACGCGGAGGAGGGCAACCUGACGUUCCCGUACAUUCAGAACGUGCACAACUAUGGAUCCAACAAUUCGUUGCGCUUCGUCAUCGAGAACCCCGGUGCCGAGCCUCAUCCCAUGCAUCUCCACGGCCACAACUUCUGGGUCUUGCAAGAGGGCCCAUGUGGCGGCGAUACCGUGGGCUCAGACACGCAGGGCGAUACUUCGGGGGGCAUGGCCAGUGCCGCAGGUAUAGGACCUGGUCAGGUCGGCCACGGCCCUCCUGGUGGGCCGGUCGGUCAGCCCGGUGCUGGUGUGCAUAUGAAUUACGCCCGCGAUAAGGCCGUGAAGCGUGAUGGGAGUGAUAGCGGCAGCGGCAGCUCCGGCCUGUAUGGGAACUGCUGGGACGGAAGCAUCACAAACCCAAACAACCCGCAGCGCCGCGAUGUCCAAAUGCUGCUCCCUGGACACUACAUGGUAAUCCAGUGGAACCAAGAUAACCCAGGCAUCUGGCCUCUUCACUGUCACAUUGCCUGGCACGUGGCUGCUGGCUUCGCCUGGAUAGUUCUUGAGAGACCCGACGACAUCAUGAAGUACGGUGACAUUCCUAGCUUCAUGAGUCAGACUUGUCAAGACUGGGACACCUGGUCUAGUGCGGAUGUCGUUGACCAAAUUGGCGACGGCAUCUAA